AUGGAUACAGUGUUCUUGGCUUUUGAAGCUAUAGUAAAGUCGGUCUUGGAUUGGGUAACUUUGGCUUUUGAUGCGCCAAAUACUCGAGCUAUUGUCUUUGGAGUACCAAUCAAAGGCCAUCUGCUGAUAGAGGGUCUUCUCUUUGUUGCGAUUCUUUUUCUUCUAUCCCAGAAGAGUUACAAGCCACCUAAAAGACCUCCGACAGAGAAGGAAGUAGAUGAGUUAUGUGAUGAAUGGGUCCCAGAACCCCUCAUUCCCCCUAUCACUGAUGAGAUGAAAUAUUGGAAAGGUCAAUUUUCUCAAAUAGAAUACCUUUCUCAAAUCUUCUCAACUGUUCUGGAAAUUAAAUUAUUCCUAAAUUCCUGUUACGCUACUACCUUGGUCUUCUGGGGAAUGAGAAGCUACACGACUCAUGUACUAAAUCACUGGAGAAAUAUGGUGUUGGCUCCUGUGGGUCCUCGUGGAUUCUAUGGGACAAUCGAUGUACACCUUGAUUGUGAGGCCAGGAUCGCGAUGUUUCUUGGAGCUCCUGAUUCUAUUCUCUAUUCCUAUGGACUUUCCACAAUGUUUAAUAUCAUUCCAGCAUUUUGUAAGAAGGGCGAUGUCGUAGUUGUUGACGAGGGUGUCUACUGGGGAAUACACAAUGGCCUUUAUCUCUCCAGGAGUACAAUUAUUGAUUUCAAACACAAUGACAUGAAGUCUUUAGAAAGUAUCCUGGAAAAUGUUACCCACGCCAACAAACGAACUAAGAAGCUCAGGCGUUAUAUUGUUGUAGAAGCUGUUUAUCAGAACUCUGGCCAAAUUGCUCCACUGGAUGAGAUCAUCAAAUUGAAAGAGAAAUAUCGUUUUCGUGUGAUACUCGAUGAAAGCAAUUCAAUUGGAGUUCUUGGGAGUUCUGGCAGAGGCCUAACUGAACAUUUCAAAGUUCCAAUUGAAAAGGUGGAUAUUGUGACUGCUGCAAUGGGACACGCAUUAGCCACUGAAGGAGGAUUUUGCACUGGGAGUAAUCGAGUGAUCGAUCACCAGCGUCUCAGUGGUUCCGGUUAUGUGUUCUCUGCUUCUUUGCCUCCUUAUUUGGCAAGUGCUGCAAUCACUGCUAUUGAUGCGUUGGAAGAAAAUCCAAAUCUCAUCCACAAAGCUGAAGGAGAAUGUUUAUCUGAUGUACAGGGCCUUGAGAUAGUCAGUGAUCCUGAAUCACCAAUGGUUUUCAUGAGACUCACGAAGUCCACAGGAUCCGUGAAGGGUGAUCUUCGAGUGCUCCAAGAUAUUGUUGAUCAUUUACUGAAAGAACACUCGGUUUUUGUUGCAACUACCAAAAGGUCCACGGUGGACAAAUGCAAGUUGCCUGUCGGGAUCAGAUUAUGUGUGUCUGCAGCCCAUACAUAA